AUGGCAUUCAAGGUAUUUGCACUGGCCGUCCUUAUGGCCAUCGCCGUCGCCCGUCCAGAUAGCCCACCUAGAUAUAGCUAUUCUGCUCCCACACCCUCUUAUGCACCUGCCAAAUACGACUUCAACUACGCCGUCAACGACCCACCAUCUGGCAACGACUUCGGAGACGAGGAAAGCGUCACCUACAAUGUGAACGGUGACUCCGGUUACGUGGCUGAUGUCACCUACGAGGGAGAGGCACAGUACCCAACCCCAAAGGCCUCCUCUGGUCCUCCUCAGCCUUCCUACAAGCCUCCCACUCCCUCCUAUGCUUAA